GGAAGGAGGGGCAGAGGGAGGAGAGAUGAGGCCCAGUAGACGGCCGGCAGUCACCAUGAAGACACUACUGCUCUCACUCCUCCUCCCAGUCCUCCAAGUACACACAGUGAACAACGAAUUUGUGUGUCCGAAGCAAGAGGGUCAGUUCGCCAGUGAGGAGAACUGCAGAAUAUUCUAUCAGUGUGUGGGCGGCCACCCAUACCUCCAGCGGUGUGCAGAGGGCUCCCUGUACGAUGGGUUGACACACGAGUGUAAGAGUCGCUUUGACGAGAACCUACGAUGUGGACCCCAGCCUGAAGCUCCACCACCGGAGGAGAAGGUGGCUGACCCAUACGCAGCGGUGCCAUGUGACCCCAUACAGUGCACCCUGCCUUACUGCUACUGCUCAGAGGAUGGUUUUGAUAUCCCCGGUGGCCUCAAUGCAAACCAGGUGCCACAGAUGAUCAUGCUGACCUUUGAUGGAGCAGUGAACGACCUGAACUUUGAAACCUACAGCAACAUCUUCCUCAGCAAUCGCACCAACCCCAAUGGCUGCCCUAUCCGAGGCACCUUCUUUGUCUCCCACGAGUACACCAACUACCAUCAGGUGGAGGACUUAUACAGCAGAGGCCACGAGAUUGCCGUUGGCUCCGUCAGCCGCCGUGCCGGUCUAGAGGAUGAAGGGGAGGACUCCUGGAUCGGAGAGAUGGUGACAAUGCGAGAAAUUCUUACUAAAUUUGCCGGAGUGCGCACUGAGGAUCUGAAGGGACAGCGAGGACCUCACCUCAAGCCUGGCAGGGAGGCUCAAUAUGAGGUGCUCAGUGCCUAUGGGUUCACCUGGGACUCUACCAUCAACAACCCUCCCACAACACGCCCAGUUUGGCCCUACUCCCUGGAAUACAAGAUGCCCCAUGAGUGCCGAGCUGGUUCCUGCCCCACACGAUCCUUCCCCGGAGUGUGGGAACUGCCUAUGAACUCCCACUUCAAGGACACCAGUUUCCAGGGAGGCUUCUGCCCUUACCUGGACCAGUGCAACUUCAGCUACCAGAAUGAAGCCGAGGUCCUUGAGUGGCUCAUCUUGGACUUUGAGCGCCACUACACCACCAACAGGGCCCCUUACAUCAUGGCUCUCACUACAAACUGGUUCCAGACUAAGGUGCUUGAGGACGCCCUGCACGCCUUCAUUGAUCACACCAUGCAGUACGAGGACAUCUACUAUGUCACCAUGACUGAGGCCCUGCAGUGGGUCACCACACCACAGCCCCUCAAUGAAUUGAACCGCUUCCAACCCUGGAACUGUGAGCAGAAGUUCUACCCAGACCCACCAUGCCCAAAGGGAGAGUCAUGCAAGCUGGGCCUCCUGCCCCUGUUUGACAACAGCACCAGUAGUCGUGGCGGCACCAGGUACAUGGUGACCUGCAAAGGCUGCCCCAAUGUGUAUCCCUGGGUGUGGGAUGCUACUGGUUUGGGACAGGACAAAGACACCUACGUGCUGAACCCAAACAGUCAACGUGAUCCCAUUACAGUAUAGUUCCCCAUGUUCUCCUCACCACUCCUUCCUUCAUCCAUGCAUCACUGAUUGGGAAGGAAACACUGUGACUUCUCCUCAAUGCAAGUCACUUCGGCUAGAUUUAAGAUUUGAGUAAAGAGCUGUUAAUACUUGACAAAUACUCCUUUAUUUACAUCUAUUACAGCAAAUUUAAUAAAGAAAUCAUUGUAAAAAAAACUGAAAA